GACAUGGGCUUGAAGUUGGAAGGCAUGCCGGGCAGCGAUGACAUUCAUCCUGCCAUUCGCGCUUGGAACGAGUCUGCAUUUUCCGUUCCGGGCACCGCUGUGGCAGUCCACAUGCUCGGAGGACCACGAAGCGCGGUUGGUUGGCACACGCACGGCGCCACCGUGCAGAUGACGGUGCAUGGAAG